AUCGUCGUUCUCAGUCGAUAGAACGGCGUCGGUCGAAACGGGUGCUCUCGCUAUAACUACCGCGCGCGCCCAUCGUAGAAGUAAACGUUCCGAACACGCAUAUGUUUCGCCAUCGGUCAGCUGUUUUCCAUCGGAAGUUGAUCGGGGCGCGCUUUUCCGGAAACUGUCUCUGUAGGAUUCCAGCACCGCCGUUCCGAAAUCUAGCUAUCGGAGCUAGUUUUGUUUGCCCGCCAACGGUUAUACGGUGAAUGGUGAAUCCGUUGGGAUAUGAAGAAUUGCUGUUUCGUCACGAAGAUUAAGUGCUAACUGCGAACGACGGACGGAUUUAUAAGGCCUUGGAAUAGCUACGGAUGGCCUGUGGUGAUGAUUACGCAGCGAUGUGACGAUACAGUUUCGGUUUCAUAGUGCGAUGGGAUCGACGGUGGUUGUUAUUCAACGAUUAAUUUUGUGAAAUGUGUCAUACAGAGCAUGCAGCUUCAGUAUAGUUCAGAGAAAACAUCUAUCUGUUCCCGUAAUCAGCCUGACAGUGCUUUGUGUUUGUGCAUUAAGUAAAACCACGAACAGAAACUGAGUAAAUCCUUAAAAUACCCAACUAGUGUAAACAGCAACACGUGUCUUGUAGUCUUGCCAUUGAGUGACGUAUUGUGGCGCCACUGAAAUUGCAGUUCGUCAUCCAAAUCGUAGACUACUCCGUCAUGAUGCCAUCGUCGUCGUCGUCUGGCUACGUAGCCAGUGUAAAUGCAUUGGACAUGUUCGACAAGCUGGGGACGUCUCCGUUUCCUACGGCUCCUUCGGCGACUUCGGCACUGGUCCCAUCCUCCCUACCACAGUUUCCAAUAAUGCCGCCGUCUAUGGGUUUCCCGUUUGACGCACUCAAUGUGUCUUCGUCCUCCGUUGCAAUCGCGUCACCCAGCCAGACGCCCACAGUGGUGACUACCGUCGGUACCGUUUCAGGGACCGAGGAUUUCGUCGUACUGCCAGGGCCAGAGGACGUCCUGCUGUUCAACAGUUCCAAUGGUCUGUACCAGCAGUCGGUGACGCUAACCGCCCGGAUGUAUCCGAUUGAGGCCACCGUGGCAAAGUCAAUCUGGGGCCUACCGACGCUGAUCUGGGGUAUCCUGAUCGGGACCAUCGUGAUACUGAUCGUCAUCCUAGCGACUUUGUUCUUCUGCUGUUGGCUACAGCCGCGGACGCGCAAAUUGCUCAGCUCGAGCUACUACACCGGAAGCAGCGUAUCUCACAAUUCGAUCGUGCCAAAGUCGCAAACCAGUGAUUCGAAUCAGCUAGUAAUGCCCUUGUCCAUUGGCAUAUGCCCACCACAGUAUAGUGCACCUCCUCCCCCGACGAGCAACAGCGGUAACAGCAACAGUAAUCAACAUCAGCAAAACUGCACGGCAGCAACAUCAACCGGAAUCCCAUGUCAUCCUGCUGGAGGCAGUGCCGGUAACACCGGCGGACAUCACAGCAAAUACGGCAGUUCACCACAGCAGUAUUCGCACGCGUAUCAUCAACAGCAGCAGCAGCAGCAACAAUUUCAGCAUCAUCACCAAUGCAUUCAUCAUCAGCAACAACAGCAGCAACAGCAACAACAAUAUCAUGCUCAUCAUGCCCAACUGCAACAUCAGCAGCACCAACAGAGUAGUCAGUACGCCCAUCAACAACAAACACUUCAACAAUAUUACAAUCAACAACAGCAACAGUAUCAACAGCAGCAGCAACAGCAGCAGCAGCAGCAGCACCAACAUCAGCAAAUAACACAAUACAUUCAUCCGACGCAGCAACAGGCGCUGCAACAGCAGCAACAAAGGGAGCAUCAAAUCCAACAGCAUCACUUUCAUCACCAGCAACAACAGCAGCAGCAAAAUCAGCAUCGCCACCAACAGCAACAUCAUCAGCAGGGCCAAUUGGUGCAUCACAAAUCCAUGUGGGCCAUUAAUCCACUCUAUGCCUCCAGUGGGGUGAUAAAUGACGGCUCCACGGGCGGUGGUGGCGAUGGCACGGACGAAGACUGCGGCAGCACAUCCUACCGGACGCGGUCCCUGCCAUCGUGGGGUAAAAACAAGCAACGGCCGCUUUCCAAUGCCGAUGACUUGGAGGAACUGUAUGCCAAGGUGAAUUUUAGCAAAAAGCGCCGCAAUCGAAUGCGCAACGACGAGGCGGCCAUCAUAGCCCUGUGCCGAUCACGGUCUCAGAACCUCUCGGCCCUGCCAAUGGCCGACCAAGACGCGGUCGUAGUCUACGAUGAACGGACGGCCCUCUAGGCAGUUGUUGCAGGAAAUAUCCAACCAAAUCAACUCUAGUCAUCUGACUUUUGAAAGAAAAUCUCAACUGACAGGAAUAGAAUGCUGGAAUACAAUACGGUUUUUCUUUUGAUGUAGACAUCAACGAUCUACAGCUUUUUAGCAAAAGAUGAAACAGUUGACUAUUUAACAUAAAUAAAUUAUUGAAUCCUUAGCUUUAUUGUGACAGCAAUUCAUUGCAGCAGAAGUUUGUUCCUUCUUUCACUGAAAAAGUGGAUAUCCCAAACAACCACCAAGCACCUAACGCUCCAAAUCGUCGAUAUAGUGUUAGUGUUGGACUCAUAAGUCGUUAAACAGUUCACUUUUAGCACUAUAUGCCUGUUUUGGAGAAAUAUGGGACUCCGCGUGCUUAUUUGUUACCUGGGAUGGUUAAGAUAGGAAUACACCGCUAGUUUGUGUUGCAGUUUGUGAUUGCUAGCAAGAAAAACGGAAAGCGUUUGGUAUAAUGUCGCCUAAAACAGCAUAUAAGAUACAAAUCAGUUAGAAAAAAUAAUAAUUGUUGGCGUUUGUUCCCCUCAAAAUGGGCAUAAUCAAGUUGUUCUCCCAUAAUUCAAGCUAUUAAAACUUUUGGACGAUUUUUGUUUCAUGUAUUUGCAAACCAAAAACUAUCCUAACAAUAAAAAAAUCAAUAUCAUACGAAAAAGAGAACGAAAAUGUAUAAAUGAUGCUAUAUAUACAAGAAAUUAAAAAAAAGUAUUUCGACUAUUGAACCUAAUAAACAUAAAGUUUACAAAGACUGAUAGAUUUCCCAUUGUAAAGACAACUAAAUACUACCGUAGAAGAAAAAAAAAUCGGAUCCGGUGAAUAGAAUUUUAUGUGACCUAAGCGAGUUAGAAAGCAAACCUAUCGACUUCCGCGUAUUUUUAUAAACUAAAACUCGAGAUUUUUAACUUUUCCAAUCGCAAAUGCUCACGCGUAAAAAAAAAGUCAUUCAACCCUCAAAUGUACUUAUAUCAUUUACAUGAUAGUUCCACUCGUCAAAGAUCUUUCGAUGUUCGUAAAAGCUGACUGCAAGUCGUCUAUUUCCUAAGAGGAAUUAUGGGACUUGUGAGGCGUAUCAGUGCGUUGUACAUUCUAGGCAACAUUCUAGCGUCACAUUUUCAUUAGGAAGAUAUGUAUUUAUAUUGUACGUGUAGUAAAAUUGGCAACGAAUGCAUCAAAAUCGGUAGCAAAAUAAAAUUAAAACAUUCAACAAAUGUUGUUUUUCUCGUUUCGGCCAUAUUAGUUGAUAUAUCAGUAGGCAAAUAAGCGUACCGGCUAAUUUAAGCAGCAUGUAUCAUUGGAAAUGAGCGACCAUUAUCUGUAGUAACGCAAUUUGGAAACAAUCGUAAAACGUAGGUUUUGAGUGGUUUUAAUUUGCUGGCAAACGAGACCUAAAAAAUGCAAAGCAAUUAAGGUAGAAAAGUUUAGGCAGUGCUAUGCUCAAAACAGCACCAUUGUUGGGAUCAUUGCAUAUACGCAGUCAUCAUGGAGAUAGUACAGGAAACUCGAACAUAGUUUGUUCAGUGAGAUGGCUUUGAAAAGCAGAAAAAUGCUAAUUAAAGAUGGAAUAAAAAAUAAGUGAAUUGA